AUGACCGAGACUGUUCCCCUCCUCAUCAACGGCAAGGAGGAGUAUCCCUCCGCCACUUUUGAUGUGAUCAGCCCCUAUACCAACCAGCCCUGCUGGGCCGCGGCCUCCGCAUCCCCGCAAGAUGCCAUUCGCGCCGUCGAGGCAGCCGACGCCGCAUUCCCGGCCUGGUCGCAGACCAAACCCACUGUAAGACGUGAUAUCCUGCUCAAGGCUGCGGAUCUGUUAGAGCAGCGUCUUGACCAGAAUGCCGAGUAUAUGCGCACGGAGAUGGGCGCGGAUGUCGGCGCGUCGGCUGGCUUCGUCGUGCCGCUCGCCAUUCGUAUGCUGCGUGAUGUCGCGGGUCGUAUCACGUCAAUCUGUGGCAGCGUGCCCGUUGUCGAGGCCGAGGGCCAGAGCGCGAUGAUCUUCAAGGAGCCGAUGGGGGUGAUACUGGGAAUUGUGCCCUGGAAUGCCCCCUACGUAUUCGGCAUCCGCUCCGCUGCUUGCGCUCUCGCCGCUGGCAACACCACCAUUCUCAAAUCAUCUGAGAACACCCCGCGCUGCUAUUGGGCCAUUGGUCGUGCCUUCGAGGAUGCCGGCCUGCCUCCUGGCUGUCUGAACGUCCUCUCUUGCCGCCCACAGGAUGCUGCCGAGGUCGUCAAUGCCAUGAUCGAGCACCCCGCCGUGCGCAAGAUCAACUUCACUGGUAGCACUGCCGUCGGCCGCAAGAUCGCCCGCGCCUGCGGUCAGAACUUGAAGCCAUGUCUAAUGGAGCUCGGUGGUAAGAACAGCUCGAUCGUGUGCGCAGAUGCGGACCUCAAAACCGCAGUGCAGGGUGUUCUAGCUGGCGCCUUUUUGAACUCCGGCCAAAUCUGCAUGGCUACCGACCGCAUUCUCGUGCACUCCGACAUCGCCCCGUCCUUCAUCGCUGCCCUCCAGCAAGCCCUCGCAUCCGCUCCUGCCGACACCCUUCCCCCAACCCUUGUCAACAUCGCCUCCAAAGCCCGCGUCGAUACCCUCAUCUCCACCGCCGUCGCCGCUGGCGCGCACUUCCUCUCCGGCUCCGCGGACGCCCCGCUUCCGGUGGACGCAGGUGUACGCAUGGCCCCUACCAUCCUGGGUGGCGUCAGCGAGGACAUGGCCCUAUGGCAGGAGGAGGCGUUUGCGUCGGUGGCGGCUUGCAUGACCUUUGAGAGCGAAGAUGAGGCGAUCCGGCUUGCCAAUGGCAGUGGGUAUGGGUUGUCAGCGUCAGUGUUUACGGAGGACCUCCGGAGGGGCUUGAAAAUGGCGAAGAAGCUCCAAUCUGGUGCUGUGCAUAUUAAUAGCAUGACUAUCCACGAUGAGCCAGUGUUACCGCAUGGCGGGGUGAAGAAUAGUGGCUGGGGCCGAUUCAAUGCAGAUGAGGGCUUGAAUGAGUUCUUGUCUACGAAGAGCGUGACCUGGAUGGAUUAG